AUGUUGGUUGUGUAUUUAUUACUUUUCACAUUUCGUUUAUAUGAAUGCCGGGCAUUUCUGAUCCAGGAGAAUAACACAAGUCUUUCAACAUGUCUUGAAAAUAUUAUAUCACAUUGGAUUAAAAAAGGUUCUCCCAUCACCUAUGUUGAUUUAAACUAUCAAGAUGAUGAUAUUGUGAGAAGCAUUCAAAGAAUGAAUUUAAACACUGUGGUAUCCAGAAAGGUAGAUAAACGAAUAGACCAUUAUAAUAACGCUUACAUUAUAGCUGCUGGAUCCUUCGAAAUUUUCAAAAAGGAAUUUAAACAACUUUCUAAAGAGAGACAUUGGAAGCCGAAUGUCUAUUUUAUUAUUAUUUUUAGUGAAAAUUUUCCAAAUCCACUGACAGACUUGUUCGAUAUUCUACUACGUUACCAUGUUUUCAACGUGAUCACGAUAAAUGGCACAAGCGAUGUUAAAAUUUUCACCUACGAUCCUUUCGAAAAUAACGGUUGUGGUAAAAAAUAUUUUGACAUCAAAUGUUUCAAUAAUUGUUCCAACACCAGUAUAGCAAAAUUGUAUUCAUCUAGAUUUGAUAAAAUACUCAAGGGGUGUACUUUUAACUACGCUACAUCGCACAGAGCACCGUACUCUAUUAAGCCUAAAAUGAGAAAUGACACUAUAAACUUUUUAGGAACGGAACAAUUUGUUUUGAAAAUGUUAGCUGAAAUUGAGGGUUUUAAAAUUAAAUUUGUCGCAACAUACGAUUUUGACAUAUAUCCCGUCGUGAAAGAGGAUAUGUCGGCUACUGGUGCCUUAAGUCUUAUUCAAAAAGGAGAUGUUGAUAUAGUUUUUGGAGGAAUAUUACUAUUGCGCGAAAGAGCUGAAGCUUUUAGUUGUUUUUACGAACAUCUAGCGUACAUAGAUGAAUUUGUGAUAUUAGUAAAAAAAGCGGGACCUGUACCACCUUGGAAAAAUAUUUACUUGGAAUUUACUUACCAGGUUUGGUUCCUUUUGUUUGUUACUUUCUUCGUUUUCUUUGCAAUAUUUGUAAUUCUGUUCCAUAUUAAAGAUAAGUGUAAUAUAAUGUUAAUCAUGUGUGGUCUCCUUUUUCAACAAGGCUACAAAAAAGGUUUUAAUUUUAAAAUGGAAUGUUUCAUUUUUCAAUGGGUAAUUUUCGCAUUCUUGAUCAAUACAUACUAUCAAUCUAAUCUGUCGGGUCUCACCACACAUGUUAGUUACAACUAUCAGGUUUCGAAUGAAAAAGAUAUUAAGGAGUAUCAAAUGGAACCCUGUAUUUCUAAUAUUGUAAAAACACUGAUAAAUUCUACGAUUGGAACUAACUAUAACGUAGAUAUGGAUGAAGAUUGUAACAAGAUCACUACUAGUAUUCAAACUGUCAGUAAGAAUUAUAAAAAGUACACUUUAGUAUCACAUUCACUAUAUAAAUUUAAUAGAUAUAAUUUUACAGAUGAUUUUGGCAAUCCUCUCCUUUAUACAUUUAAAAUACCAACUAGUAAGAUUAUUUAUGCGGUGUACUUUUAUAAAGGAUUCCCAAAGAUAAAUAUCCUACGUAACAAUGCAUUGCGCAUACGUGAAAGUGGUUUACUGCAG